GGCGCAAGCAUUUCUAACGCUGCGACAAUGAUGACAGUAGCAUCUGGACGCUUGAUAGUUACGAUCGGUAUCAUUAUAGCCGGAUUAGCUAUCCGGGUUGAUUCCGAAAAACAAUGGUGGCAAACGACAACACUCUAUCAGAUUUAUCCGCAAUCAUUUAAAGACAGCGAUGGAAACGGAUUAGGCGAUUUGAAUGGUAUCACGAGCAAACUGGAGCAUCUAAAUGACAUGGGAAUAGAGACAGUAUGGUUAUCGCCAUUUUUCAAAAGUCCUGAAGUCGACAACGGUUACGACGUCUCCGACUAUAUAGACGUAAAUCCAAAGUAUGGGACUUUGGAGGACUUUGACAAUCUAGUAGCUCGCGCCAAGGAACUUGGAAUCAAAGUGGUUCUGGACUAUGUUCCUAACCAUACGAGUACGGAACACGAGUGGUUUAAGUUAUCCGAAGCCAGGGUCGCCCCCUAUACCGAUUAUUACGUGUGGCACGAGGGAAUUCUGGAUGCAAACGGUACCAGAAGACCACCAAACAAUUGGUUGAGCGUCUUCAACAGCGGAAGUGCUUGGCAAUGGAGCGACAAGCGACAGGCUUAUUAUCUUCAUCAAUUUGAAGUACGCCAGGCAGAUUUGAACUUCACUAAUCCAGAUGUUCUUCAGGAGACAAGGAAUAUCCUCACGUUUUGGUUGGAUCGUGGUAUUGCUGGUUACCGUAUAGAUUCUGCACCUUAUCUAUUUGAGGAUGCUGACUUCAGGGACGAACCGUUGUCUGGGCUCGAUGGAUAUACUUCGAACGAUUAUUAUUAUCUGAAGCAUUUAUACACCAAAGAUCUCAUUGAGAAUUACAACGUGAUCCAGAUGUGGCGUGAUCAUAUUGAUAAUUAUAAUAGCAAGGUUAACGAUGGUCUGCAGCGCGCCAUGUUUACCGAGGCUUACGCUAAUAUAAGCAUGGUAGUUUUGUACUACGAUUAUGGAUCGCAGAUCCCAUUCAAUUUUUUCUUUAUCAAAGAUAAGGAUGGUGUCAACCUGGACACCAAAGUGACAGCUAGUGACGUCAAAAAUACCGUUGAUAUGUGGAUGAAUAAUAUGCCUGUGAAUGGAACUGCCAAUUGGGUCAUCGGCAAUCAUGACAAUAGUCGCGCAGCCACGCGUUACGGUACCAACAGGGUAGACAGUCUCAACUUCAUUUUACUUUUGUUACCUGGCGUCAUGACGGUUUACAAUGGUGACGAGAUCGGCAUGACGGAUACGUAUAUAAGUUGGGAGGAAACACAAGAUCCUCAGGCCUGCAGCACUGAUCCUGAUCGCUAUCAGGCAUUUUCCAGGGAUCCUGAGCGCACGCCUUUUCAAUGGGAUGAUUCUACGUCUGCAGGAUUCUCUACAAAUUCCACCACGUUUUUGCCGGUGAACACAAAUUAUCGUACACUGAAUUUGGCGGCGCAAAAGGCCGCUGAUAAGAGUUACUACAAGAACUUCCAGGCAGUCAUGAGGCUCAGGAACACGACGGUGGCUAAGAAUGGAAAUCUGACGUCAUUUGUCAUAAAGAACCAGAUCUUCGCGUUCUCCAGGGAACUGGAGGGUCACGAUCCAUUAAUAGUUGUUGUCAAUUGGGGAAAUACUUCGGUACAAGCCAAUUUUGAUAAACUUCUUUUUAAUGAUAACCAGCGUCUGAAAGUGAUUCUGUCUAAUGUGGGUUCUAAUAUCGAAGUUGGAUCCACUAUACUCAGGAGUAGCAUCACAUUGGCACCUCACGCUGCCUUGGUCUUAACAACAUCAUCGUCUGGUUUUCUAUGCUCUGGCUCAAUGAUUCUCUUACAAGUUUCCUGUCUGAUAUCCGUCUUUCGGUCGUUCUUCAACUCGUGAAUCAAAAUCGUGCUUGAAGUCCUGAACUUACCGAGACUCGUUAUAAGCUUGUAAUAAGUUUUGUAUAUUGGUAUAACGAUAAAUCUGCUCAUUAAUCAUUAGAAUUCAUAAUACGCGAUAAUAUGCAUGUCAGGUGUAUAUGGCGAUAACGAUUGUUCCUAGUAAUUUAAUUUUUGUAUUUAUAUUUGGCUAAUUAGAUUUUAUUAAUUUGACAGUCUCUUGCCUAUAGUAUGGGUAUAAGAAAAGAGACUUUGCUAGAUCGUAUUUAUGGGAUAUCAAGAAAUUGUACCAUUAAAUGGAAUAAAAUAUUUCAGAUAUGAAA